AGAUUUGCUCCCAACUGCGGCACUUCGUAGUAUUCUCUUCCGUUUUCUGCGGUAGAGGAAACGCUGGACAGACUAAUUAUGGUAUGGCCAACUCUAUCAUGGAGAGGGUGUGCGAGAAGAGAGCGGAGGAAGGAUUACCCGGAUUGGCGAUUCAGUGGGGAUCUGUGGGUGACGUGGGUAUCGUCGCUGACAUGCAGGAGAACAAUAAGGAGAACGAUAAGGAACUGAUUAUUGGCGGCAUGUCGCAGCAAACGAUAUUUUGCUGUCUCGACGAGCUCGAUACAUUCUUAAUUCAAAGCCGACCGGUUGUAAGCAGCCUGAUCGUAGCUAAAAAGAAAGAAAGAUCUUCUGGAUUUAACUGUCUGAUAAAAACUGUCGCCAAUAUUUUAGAGAUAAAAGACAUGAAGGUUGUAAGUCAAAAUUCAUCUCUGGCCGAACUUGGAAUGGACUCCAUGAUAGCCGUGGAAAUUAAACAAGCUCUGGAACGAGAGUUUGACAUUUUUUUGACUGCACAAGAGAUACGAAAUCUCACCUUCGCGAAGCUUAAGAUGCAAUCAUUUUAAAUUUCGGCACAGUACUUUGACAUAAAGUUGAGUUUAAUUGGGGUCAUGUGGUAUACUACUGUAAAGUUCCGACUUCCCUCUAUUCAUUACAUACUAGUGCUAUCUUUUUUACAGUGUACAUGAAGUUAUUGCAAACUAACAAAUUGAAGAUAGAAAAGAAGCAAAUUCGUACGAUUAUCUUAUGUGAGUUUAAAUUGGGUUGUAAAGCUUCGGAAACUGCACGCAAUAUCAAUUAAGAAACAUACAGCUCAAUAUUGGUCUCACAAAUUCCAUAGCAGAAACGAAAGUUUAGAAGAUAAAGCGGGUCGGCCUGAAGCUGUUGAUAAUGAUUGAUAAAGAGCUAUUAUUCAUGCGGAUCCACCGAAAACCACUAGAGAGAUUGCACAAGUUAUAUUUAACAUAGACUAUUCAAUGAGUUGAGAUAUUCACAUUUGAAGUUGAAGAUUAAAAGCCGCAAUUAUUUUUGCACUAACUUAAUAAUAAAACGUUGUUACAUAUAUAUUUAUACAAAACUUACUUUUUUUUUUCAGAAAAAGCUAAAAAACGCAUUAAAUGUACACGCUCCAUACAAAAUCUUUAUUAAAAAAAAUUUUGAUCUAAUUUGAGCUUAUAAUUCUAUUUGUAUUUUUUACUACAAAAACAAUGA